GGAGGCGUUAUUACCAUGACAACACACAAACUUUGACAUGGCGUCUCUUUUAACAGACCCCUUGUUUGAAAUCUCUGGACGGGGUCCUCCACCUAAUAAGAAUUUUUACCAUUUUACUGUCACCAAGUCAGAUGUGAUAUGGAGAUGGUGGAAGAUAUCUCUGAGAACUGUGGACAGGUACUCCAAGCCUGGGGAGCUGAGGGAGUCUCACCAGGACUUCUUGGAUGACACUUUGCUACAGAGUGAGGUCAGUAUGGUUUUUGGCCGUCGAAUCUUGCUGUACACCAAGGCUUUGUGCCAAGGCCAUUAUGAUUAUCUGGAGCACCUGUCUGACUCCUUACUCCUGCGGAUAAUAAAUUAUCUAGAACUAGAGGAUGUGGGCCAGCUUGGACGAACAUCACGUAGGUUCAGGCAGCUAUGUGGGUCAGAGGAGUUUUGGGAGCAGGCAGUGCGGCGGUGCUGCAACACAGUUUCAGUUGAGGUGGCGUCCCUGGCACUUGAGGUGGGCUGGCGCAGCAUCUUCUUCACAAGCAAGCUACAUCUGCAGAAGCUGAUCAGCCGCAGGAGGCUAAAGACAGAGGAGCAACAGGAAGGACAAGUCUCUGACCCAGAUAAAGAGGCAGAGGAAUCUCCUGAUGAAAGCUCAGAGACAAACCAGAUGUCCAUUUCUGAGGAGGAAUCUCACCCUGGCAUUAUCCCUGAUCUGAGCCUUGGCACUGGCACUGGCACUGGCUCUGGCUUUGACGCCAGUUCUUGCUGUGAUGUUGAUCCUGACACCAACCAUGAACUAGAGGCUGGCUCUGAUUCCAGUGAGUCUGUGCCUGACCAAUGCUUGGAGGACAUAAAGCACUGUGGGGUGGAAACAUUGGCGCAGAGCAGUCCACUGAGGAAUGGUAGAGGAGACUGCAGUACAGAGCCAAACAAAACACAGAGUUAAGCCUUUUAUCAAAUGUUGAGUAAGUCCUGUGUUUUAGGCUUACUGUUAUAUUGAUAUGCCAUUUAUACGCAGUUCUCAUCCUAAAAUGAGUUGUGUAUUGAUUAGUGAAAAAAUGUUGACUUUUAUUUGUCAAAUGUAAUUUUUUCAAAAAUGAUUGUUGUUUGUUGUCAGCUGUCAAUCCUCUACGGGAUAUUUGAGGACAUUUUCAUACGUCCAUUCUGUCCAUGACUUUUCAGACUUAGCAUACAUUAAUAAGACCAAAAAAAGAUAUAACAGGACAUUGUAUAUCAUAUCAAUUGUUUAUUGUAAUACACAGAAUACUUUAAUUGUAAAGUUAGAAAAUAAAUUUGAUAUACAAUAUACAAUAUAAUGUCAGUCAUAACUAAUUCCAAGUAAAAUCUCAGUAUCCAAUUGCCACUUUGAUAGGAUGAGUCUCAGCUUUACUUGAGGGGACACAAACAGGGUAAGUAAUGGCAAGGUAAUGUGAUAAUGCAUGGGUUAACCAGGAACAGUUCAUGAAGCAAGUGGUCAGUAUGCAGAUUAACAGAUCUGGAAAAUUAAUAGAUACUGGAUCAUCAGUAUCUAGAAAUCUUCUCAAAUGACAUUAUCUUGAUUCAGAGCUAUUCAUGAACAAUAAGUCAUUAAGUAGCUUAUUAAUUUCUGAUUUGUUCCUUUUCAACUAGGCAGAAUUUUGUGUGGCUUAUUAUGUUUGAGCCUUUAGUCAUCCAUUGUUUCA